CGGCAGCCGGGACCCCCCGCCCCGCCCCGUCCCGGCGCCUCCGCCCCUCCCGCUGCGGCUGGAGCCACCAUGGGCUGCGGCAUCUCCAUGAAGGACAUGCCCAUCGAGACACAGCCGGGGGUGCAGGUCUCCCGGGAGGACGAGUGCCAGGAGCCGGGGCUUGAGACGCCGGCGACAUUGGAGACCAAGUCGCGGGAUGGCCGCUUCCCCGACGACCCGGCGCUCGCCCUGUCCCACUGCAAGAAGCGGGAGCGCUGCGAGUCGGGGGCCGACCCGCUGAUGGACCUCCACCCGCUCGAGUUGCCGCAGCAAGUCAUGUGUGUCGCCCUGAUGCACCUCCAGUCGUCGCCCAAGCGCGGCCGCAAGUACAAGAGCAGCGGGCGACCUCCGGCGACUGCCCACGACUCCAACCGGCCCCACCCUUCGGCGUCGGGGGCCACGACCAAGACACGACCGCCCCAGUCCUUGUCCUUGUCCCCACUGCCCGCUCCCGACCGGCCCCUGGUCGGCAAGGGGCGACCCAUUGAGAGAACUGCUGGAGGACAGCGGCCGGGAACGGGGACCCGAGACCUGGAGCAAAGAGGUGGCGGCGUCUACUCAACAUCUCAGCUGCCAGAGACGGGGGGAGACACACUCCCCACCAAGACUCCGCUCACCCCCCAGAGAACAGACUGCGCCCAGCCCGUCCUUGCCCAACCCAAUCCCCUUACCACAGACCCGGAGAAUCCCAGCCCUUCUAUUCGACUUACGAUGGGAUCCCGGAGUUCCGACGCUCCCAACCUGCAGACCACAGAUCCACAGAAUCCCAGCCCCGUAACCCAGCAGAGCCCGGACUCCCACAAUCCCAGCCCUGUCCCCGCACGGAAGACGCAUUCCCUAAAUCCCUCUCCGCCGGGAACAGCCUCCCUGGAGCCCAACGCCGCCCCUCCGCAGAGAACGGACUUCCCGAAUCCCGGCGGGAUGGGAUCCGGGAAUUCCGGCCAUCCGGCUCCGCCAGCCGCGGAUUCCCUCCAUCCCAAAACAUCCAGCCCGCCGGGAACCGAGUCCCGGGAAGGCGAGGAGACGGGGCUGGAAUCCGUGGAUCCCAGCGCCGCCGUUCGGCCGGGAGCGGACUCCCCCGAUCCCAAAUCCCACGCUCCCGAGGGAGAGACACCAUCCAUAUAUUCCCGAGCCGUCACUCCGGAUGGGGGACCGGGAACACCGAAUCCCGGGGCCGGGACCGCUGCUCCAGUCGGCGAGCCGGGAUCCCGGGAAUCUCAACCUCUCCCUCCAGAGGCGGGAAGGGAAUUCCUGAAUCCCGGUGCCGCCGCCGCCGUCGUCAUCAUCCAGGUGGGACCGGGACGGUCCGCUCCCGAACCCGUCGCUCCAGGGAAACCGGGAUCCCAGCAACCGAGGGCUGUGGUCCGGGACACGGGAACGGCGUUCCGAAACCUCACGAAAUUCCCGACCGUCCAAGAUCUGACCCCGGUCGGCGGCUGGGAAUUACCCAGAGCCAGCGGAUUCGCUCUGGAGCGAGCGGCGGAAUUCCAAUGGGGACGCGAACUUCCCGAGAUUGGAAACCGAUCCCGGGAUCCCACAACCGUCACCUCGCUCAUCCCAGAGAGAACACUGCAAGACCCAGAUAUCCCAAUCCCAAGACUCCAAGACCCAGAUAUCCCAAUCCCAAGACUGCAAGACCCAGAUAUCCCAAUCCCAAGACUGCAAGACCCAAUCUCCCAACCCCAAGACUCCAAGGCCCAGAUAUCCCAAUCCCAAGACUCCAAGACCCAGAUCUCCCAAUCCCAAGACUCCAAGGCCCAGAUAUCCCAAUCCCAAGACUCCAAGACCCAAGUCUCCCAAUCCCAAGACUCCAAGACCCAGAUAUCCCAAUCCCAAGACUCCAAGACCCAAGUCUCCCAAUCCCAAGACUCCAAGACCCAGAUAUCCCAACCCCAAGACUCCAAGACCCAGAUAUCCCAAUCCCAAGACCCCAAGACCCAGAUAUCCCAAUCCCAAGACUCCAAGACCCAGAUAUCCCAAUCCCAAGACUCCAAGACCCAGAUAUCCCAAUCCCACGACCCCAAGACCCAGAUAUCCCAAUCCCAAGACUCCAAGACCCAGAUAUCCCAAUCCCAAGACUCCAAGUCUCAAGUUUCCCAAUCCCAAGACUCCAAGACCCAGAUAUCCCAAUCCCACGACCCCAAGACCCAGAUAUCCCAAUCCCAAGACUCCAAGACCCAGAUAUCCCAAUCCCAAGACUCCAAGUCCCAAGUUUCCCAAUCCCACGACCCCAAGACCCUGAUAUCCCAAUCCCACGACUCCAAGGCCCAGAUAUCCCAAUCCCAAGACCCUAAAACACAAGUCUCCCAAUCCCAAGACUCCAAGGCCCAGAUAUCCCAAUCCCACGACUCCAAACCCCAAGCCCCCGAGGGCCGGCGACCAGCGACUCAGCGCUCGGAAGACGUGUCGUGGGAGCGCUCCCCGUCCCUCCACGAGUCCGACGCCGACAACUCGGAAGCCACGGAGUCGGAGGCGGACUCGCAGGCGGAGUCGGAGGCGGAAGAUUCCGAGGAGCCAGAGGGGGACGAGUCAACGUCGGCCAGCCCGGAGGAGGCGUGUGAGUCCCGCAUGUCCAAGUCCAUCACCCCGGACUCGCAGAGCUCAGAGGCGCUGGAAUCCGAGGAGUCGGAAGGGCAGGACCGGGAGCCGCUGUCCAUGGAGGGGUCCCCUGAACCCCAAGAGUGCGGGGGACUAGACCUGGAGAGCGGCCCGUCAUCUCCCCCCAACAGCCCAGAAUACGGGGACGAACCCCAAAUAUCAGAGCCGGCCACCGAACCCCAAAUAUCUCAACUCCCCCCGUGUCCGCUCCCGGUACUGGAACCCCCAGAGCUUGUGACACCCCCAAACUCCGCCAGCGGACCCCACAAACCAGACCCCCUCUCUGCCGCACCCCAACACGUACAACCACCCCGCCACCAGAGAGGCGAACCCCCCGAAUUCAACCUCAUCCCGACCCAUCGCAGCGGGGCCGAACCCCCAAAUCUGGACCUUCUGCCAGCAGAACAAGGGGCCGAACCCCCAAAGUUAGUCUCUGCAACGCCAGGGACCGUACCCCAGAAAUCAGACCCUCUGGAAGCUGAUCGAGGAGCUGAACCCCAACAUUUAGACACUCUCCCGACAGAACAAGGGGCCGAACCCCCAAAUCUGGACCCUCUCUCGACAGAACAAGGGGCCGAACCCCCAAAGUUAGUCCCUGCAACGCCAGGGACCGUACCCCAGAAAUCAGGCCCUCUGGAAGCUGAUCGAGGAGCUGAACCCCAACAUUUAGACCCUCUCCCGACAGAACAAGGGGGGGAUGAACCCCCAGAAUUAGUCCCUGCAACGCCAGGGGCCGUACCCCAGAUAUCAGAUUCUCUUGAUACAGAUCGGGGAGCCGAACCCCAACAUUUAGACCCGCUCCCGACAGAACAAGGGGGGGCUGAACCCCCAGAAUUGGGCCGUGCAGAAUCGGGAAGCGUACCCCAAGAGUCAGAUCCCGGAGCAGCCGAACCCCAAUUAUUCGACCUUCCCGCCGCCGUGCAUUGUACUGAACCCCCAAAAGGAACGGAACCCCAGAAAUCUGACCCGGUCUCUACGAAACUAGUGUGUGAUCCCCAGAAGUCGGCACCCCCUGAAUCUGAACCCCUCUACGCGGCGGGAGUGUCUGAACCCCAACAUUUGGGCGCUGGCCUGGUGGAGCCAGUGACUGCAACAUCCAACCUGCCGCCUGUGCAACAAAGGGGGGUCGAACCCCCAAAUGUUGCCCCUCCCCCAACAACGCCAGAGGCCGAACCCCGAAAAUCUGGGGGCGCCCCCGAGGGGGGAGGGGCCGUACCCCGAAAAUCAGAGCGAGCGGUCGAAACCCAAACUUUGGGCCCUCUGGCAGCAGAGUCAGAGUCGGGGGGAGGGGGUGCACCCCAAGAUGUUGCCCCAGGGGGAGAUGGUACAGGGGGAACCCCGAAAUCAGGGCCGUUCGCAGCAAGGGGGGGAACUGAACCCCAAAGUCUUGAAGACCCGGAACCGGCCUCUAGAGAAUUGGAGGAUCUAUCGUCGAAUGUUUCUCCUUCCCCCGUACCCCGAAAUCCUGGGGGGUCCGACCUGGAGCCGGAGGACGGCGUUCCCGAACCCCAAGAUCCGGAAUGGGAAGCCCUCUCUCCAAGCGGAUCCCAGCAGUGUGAGCUUGCACCCCGAGCAAGAGAGGAAGAGAGUGAACCCCCAGAGCCUCUCCCCGCCCAGGGAGAGAGAACUGAACCCCAAGAACGUGAGCCCCUCCAUACAGAGGAAGGGCCUGAACCCCAGGGUCCAGAGCCGGGUGAACCCCGGGAUCCAGAGCCGGCAUCUCCGGGGAACGGGGCCCAACCCCUCUCUACAGGGAGACCGACUGAACCCCCAAACGCUGACCUCCAGGGGGAUGCAGAUGAGCCCCGGUAUCCGGCAGCAACCGAACCCCAACAUUCUGUGCCCCUCUCUCAGGGGGAGGAGGAGGACGAGCAGCCGAGAUCUGAGCUCGCCCCGAUGGAGGGGGCGAGUGAACCCCCCAAAUUGGAGCCACUCUCCGCCAAGAGGGCAAUAGAACCCCCCAAAUCCAAACACCCCCUGCGCAAGGAGACCCUGUACCCCAUGUCCCCAAUCCCUUCCCACUAGACCCUCGACCACUGGUGUUGUACCCCCCCUCA